UUUUAUAAGUCACUGUAUUUGUAUUAUUAUCAAUUAUGCUUAUUAUGCUUCUUACUUUGGACAUUAUAUUUCCUGUGAGAGCGUUAAUGUACAGCGUAUUUUUCAAACUAUACAAGUAUUAUUAAGCCCGCAAACGCUGGCUUAAUAAUAGGUUGUCGAUGCUUGUAUCAACGUCGCGGAUUUUGUGCAAUUUAAAAAAUCCGCGGUUCGUUAGAAAACUUUGCGCCCUCUCGCGAAGGUUGCGAGAAAGAAAAACUGUCAGCUGUCAUAGGUCGUACUUGGUCAUACACUUCUGCAACAUACAUACAUAUUUAUAUAUAAAUAUCAAGCGAAAUGAAUAAUAACGAGAGAAAUAAAAUAUAAAUUUAAUAUGUUAUUAUUCUAAUUAUAUAUCGCUAUUGUCUCGUUACGCAUACUUGACAUAUUGUUAUAUUGUUACUACAUUUUGUCAGACAAUAAAAAGAAUGCAAUAUGUAUGAACAAGCUGCAAGUAAUUGGGCCAUUAGACUGUAUUCUUUGCGCGAUCCAACGAAUUUUCUACCUUUCUUACCGAAUUUAUGGAAUAAGCAAGCUAUUGGCUCGCGUUAUCCGAACGACACGAAGGUGCGGGACACCGAUGUACUCGUGGGAUAUCUUAUUCUAUUCUGGGUGAUGCUGUAUCUAUUAUAUGAGAAGUGUCUUAAUUCGCUAUUCAGGCGUAUGCGUUUUCCAUUAGUACAACGAAGCAGAAUAAUCAAGGCUGCUUGGAACUGUGGAUUCUGUUUUGGUAGUGUAUGUUACAUGAAGUCAUCAGCUACCCAAAUCCUGAAUUUUACACCCCAUGAGCUAGGAAUGACAUAUCAGGAAUUGGGGCUUGCAUUGCACAAGAGCUUUUACUUUCAUCAAGCGGGUAUCGAUAUAUUGUGCUAUGGUGCUUGGAUGAAGGGCUGUGCAAACUUACUCUUUGCAUCUUUCAUCUUGAAUCCAUAUCAGCAAAAUUAUAGGUGGUGUACAGUUACAAGUACUUUUCUAAUGUAUAAAACUAUUGACAUUGUGAUAAUUAAUGUUUGUCGGAUCUUGUUAUGCAUUUUUCAAACUAUUGGAAGAUCAAUUUGCAAGCUGUUAUUUUUAUUUCACUGCCUAACUUGGAUAUAUUUGUACUUGUAUUAUGUGCCUACAUAUAUGCUUUGGUCAGAAGAAGUUGAAUAUGCAAGAAUAGAAUCUGGUUUGUGGCUUUGGUUUACAGCAGAGUGCCUAGAUUCGGUAUGGUUAAGACUUAUUGGACAUGCAAAAGCUAUACAUUGGCUCGAAAUUUGCCUAUUUCCACCACCAACGCAAGAAGCAAUUGAAUUAGCAGGCAUUCAUAAAAGGCAUAAAGAGUCUUUGAGGAAAUUUAAUAACAAAAAAGCAAAAAAAAUUGAAUUAUGGCAAACCUUAGUUUGCGCGAUGGCGAUUAAAAAGAAAAUUAAAAGGAUUCGCCAAGCUAAAAACAAUAUAGAUGUGUCAACAGAAGAUUCUAAAAAAACAGAACUGCAUACAACAAAUAUAUUAAAUGACGAGUUAACAAAGAAUUAGCGAAUUUAUACAAUUCUAAAAAACAAUAUUUGUGGAACUUUCACUUACGACACGAGCUUCUUUCAGAAUUUAUUUAUACAACGAAAGAAUAGUUAAUAUUAUGAUGUCUGACAACAACUGAGUUGUACGAAAUUUUUUUUAGAAUUAUAUGUAAAUUGUUUUGAAAUAUGCAUAUGCCAUUUUCAACAAUUAUUACUUUUUAUUGAAAACAUCUAUAUGUAGUUACAUAUAAAAUUAAAUUAGUAGCAGAAUACAAAUAAAACAAGUGCAUUUUCAUUCUGAAAUAAUGAAAAAAAAAAGAUCAAAAGUAUGUAUAAGACUGUAUAAUGUAAUUUUUAUGUAAAAAAUUAAGUUUUUUGUGUAGAAAAUUCUAUUAAUUUACACGUUUAUAAUUUUAAUAAGACUUAAUAACUUUAGCAACAAACUGAAAUAACCCAAUAUAGAGUUAAAGGCAUUUUCUAGGGAUACUUGAAAAUAUUGUUAUAUAUCUCAUCAAUUGCUUUGUUGGUACAACUCAAAAGACUUAUGCUAGUCAUUAUAUUUAUAGAUGUAAUACGCGAUAUAUCUAUUAUCGAAUGACAUUUUUAUCCAUGAUAUAAAUACAUCUUCUUGUGGGAGCUACGAUUGUACGUAAAUUUUCAAAAAUUAUGAAAUUGUACAUGUAGAUAUGUGAAUCUAUAUUGUUAAUACAAAAUUGUUAUUAUGCAGUUUAUGUAUUUAUAAUUGGUUAUAUGUUGACCAAAUUGAGGCAUUGUCUCUAAUUCAUAGUAACACAUUGAUUUGAUCACAUCAAAUUCGAUUAUGAUUCACACAGUGAACUUGAUAUCCAUUCAAAUUAUCAUAUAUUUGUUUAUAAUAGUAAAUACGGAAUAUGUAAUGCAAGCAGCUUGAGCAACAAAACUAUGACAGCAGUUUCAAUGAUAAUGCUAGAAAUAUGUAUACUUAAUUUACAUUCGAGUAUGGACUUAAAAUCAAUGAACGAAAUCUUGUUGUGCCUAUUGUUGCCUUAAAAGCAGAAUAUUAUUAGUACUACUCUUUUUUUAUGUAAAUAUGAUGUGUCUUUUAAAUACAUGUAAAUGGUCUUUUAAUCCCAAAUAAUACAAA